AUGAACAACAGUCUCGAAGAUCUGGAAUAUGCAGAUGACGCUGUUUUACUCUCGCAUUCGCAUCAAUAUAUGCAGCAUAAAAUUCCAUCUGUUGUCGGUUGCGUUGAUGGAACGCACGUUAAGGUAAUUGCGCCAUCCGAAAAUAGUCACAGAAAGAGUUAUUACAGUUUAAAUGUUAUGCUGGUAUGUGACCAUGAAUUAAAAAUACGCUACGUCGACGCUUCUCAUCCGGGUGCUAGUCAUGAUUCGCUAAUUUGGAACGUUAGCGAAUUACGUUCACAUUUUGACACACAGUUUUCAAACCACCAAAGAACUUUCUGGUUGUUAGGUGAUGCUGGAUAUCCGUUAGAACCAUGGCUUAUUACUCCUUAUCGGACGCCGAACCAAGCACAAAUUGUAAAUGUUACUUGUUGCUUUCAUAACAUCUGCAUUCAUUUCAGACCGAAUAUACCCGAUACAAUCGAUGCCAAGGCGGAGUUAAACUUCCCUGAAAUUCACGACGUCCAUUCCAACAUACCAACACACAAUAUGGAGGUUGCGAGAUCAAUAAGAAAUAAUAUCCGUGAUUCCCUCAAUAACUAA